AUGAAACCGCAAUGCCAGCGUAAAUCAAGGAGAAGCUGUGCUUUCGUCGUGUUUCUUGUCGCUACGAUUGCGGUGAUCUAUAUCCUGGGGUUGGUUGGUGGGUAUGGAUUGCCGGCUGACACGACAAGGCACAAUGGGGUUGAGAAGAGGGAUUUGAUUGCAGAGUUGGUUGGACAUAAGGGAAAGGCUCAUGAGUGCGCCGAUGUCUUCACACGCACAGAUAAAUGCGCAUACGUCCGAAAACAUUGUCACUCUGACUCCCUCCUCAACUACCUUGAACUCUACUUCUGUGCACCCAAGGGCGUGCGAAUGUCUCUUCUUAUUGGAAUGGUCGUACUCCUUGCAUCCCUUUUCUCUACUGUCGGUCUUGCUUCCUCUGACUUCUUCUGUCCGAACCUCGCGACGAUAUCACAUACCCUCUCGCUCCCGGAAUCAGUCGCAGGUGUUACCCUUCUCGCUUUUGGUAAUGGGUCUCCCGACCUGUUCUCGACUUUCGCCUCUUUCUCUCAGCACUCAUCUUCCCUCGCAAUCGGCGAACUCGUCGGUGCGGCGAGCUUUAUUUGUGCGGUCGUGGCGGGGAGUAUGGCGAUCGUACGACCAUUCGGAGUUGUGAGGAGGGCUUUUCUGAGGGAUGUUGGGUUCUUUUUGGUUGCAGUAUGUUUUACGACGGGAUUUUUGGCGGAUGGACGAUUAUAUCUUUGGGAGUCUGUGGUGAUGGUUGUGUACUAUGUCGUGUACGCGGGCAUGGUCGUGGGAACUACUUACGUUGAACGCAAACGGCACCGUCGACGAAUGGAACGAGCACUCAUUCGGCAUCAAUUUGAGCCGCCUGGCACAGAUGCGGAAUUCCUGGAUGGUAAUGAGGAAGCUGAAGAAUCGGCUGCAGACGAAAACACCAGCCUCCUCGGCCACUCGGCAGACGACGUCCGCGCCCUCACCGACAUCACCGAAGAAGACGAAGAAGCAGGCCCCUCCACCCCCUCCGACGACCACAGCGAAUUGGAGUCCGAAUACCGCGAACUCAAUUCUUCUAUGGCUCUCGUCCGGACAGCAGACUAUGGUCCAUCACGGAUCCGUCCCUCGUUGUUUGGUGCGUUGGAGUUUCGGUCGAUUGUUAACUCACUACAGCAGAGUUCGGCGGUUGCGCAUCAGUUGCAGUUGAGUCCUGGGACGGGCCCGAGGAUUAGGGGAAGGAGUGUUAGUCCGAGGCAGGGGAUGGUUGCGAAUGCGUACGCGAGAGGACACGGGUUGAGGAGACAUACGGUCGGUAUGGGCGCAGUGCCGGAUCCUGACGCAUUACAGCCAGUGGUUCCUAGCUCUGGACCCCGGAAGUAUCCGGUCCUCGGCCGUUCAUCGACGGAUACCGAUAUCGGCGUCACCGUGGGACGCGCACAGAGCGUGACUGGUGCGGGGUUGGAUUACUUCUCGAUAGGGCGGUUGAGUGCUGCCGAAGAGCAAGAGCCCGUAAUGCCCGCCGCUCCGGUCAACUCACCCAAUUUCAUGCUGAAACCAAGGGAUGAUGUGCCACAACUGAGGAUUUAUACCGGUACACCUGUUUCGACCGCGCCUAAUUCUGGCGAUACUAAGAAGAAGCAGGAUGAGCAUGUUGUGCCUGUUGUGCCGAGUGUCACAGUUACAGCGAGUGAAGACGAGUAUGAGUCUGGUGGUGAAAUCGCUGCGCACAGAGUCAGAAAACUCCGAGCCGAGGAGAGAGGUGGUGGGGUGAAUCGGAUGUUGAGUCCGACUGCGCACUUCUCACAUUCUCCGAUUGCUAUGUCGCCUUCGCAGCGCUACGCCAGUCCACGGAGUACCCCUCCCCUCUCCCCCGCCGCCGAAGUCCGCGAAGUCCACGACCAUCUCAACACCCCGCUCAUCUCCCAAUCAACCGUUCCCCGAUGGUGGCCGAAACCACUCUUACCCGAUCCGAUCGUCUUACGCGCAACGCUCUUUCCCACGACGUUGAACUUUUGGGAGAAACCGUUUAGCGGAAAGGUUGUCAGUUUAUUGGCUAUUGUGCCUGUGUUUGCCUUGACGAUCACCUUGCCCGUCGUCGAGACGUAUCCAGAACAAGGAGAGAAGCCGAAGACGAGCGGUGCGUCAACGCCGGCGGGGUCAAUGAUUCUUGACCAUGACCUUCCAGUGUUGGAGGCAUUAGAUGAUGCUGUUGGCGAGCAUAUGUUGAAGGGAUGGAAUAGGUGGUUGACAGGGGUUCAAUGCAUCAUGGCGCCCGUGUUCUUGACAUUCAUCAUGUUCUUUGAUGAACCGUUGCUUCACCCCAUGCUCUACGCGCUUGUCGCUGGGUUAGCGCCGUUGGGGCUAUUGAUCACGUUCACGGAACCGGGUGAGGUACCUUUAGGACACAGCUUCUUGAGUUACGUGGGGUUCAUCGUGGCCGUGGGAUGGAUCUCUACGAUUGCAAAUGAAGUCGUUGGGGUUCUGCGUGCGUUGGGCUUGAUUCUCGGCAUCUCAGAGGCUAUCUUAGGUUUGACGGUAUUCGCUGUCGGCAACUCGCUUGGUGAUUUGAUUGCAGACAUCACGAUUGCGAAAAUGGGAUUUUCCAUGAUGGCGUUCUCUGCCUGUAUUGGUGGACCGAUGAUGAACAUUUUGUUAGGUAUUGGCAUCAGUGGAAUCAUUGCGACGCUGAAGGAGCCUGAUCACACGUAUCCCAUCAGCCUCAGUCCUACGUUGGUGACCACGACAAGUGCUUUGAUCGUCACACUUAUUGGCCUGCUGGUGAGCGUACCGCGGAGCGGAUAUAAGAUGACGCGGGAGAUUGGAAUAUGUCUCCUGGCCCUUUGGGGUGUUGCAACGAUUACAAACGUUGCGGUUGAGGUUAUCAUGUUGGAAUGA